CCUACGAAAACCGCACAGGAACAACAUAGCUACCCAGACAAACACGUCUGAUUCGAAUAAGAACAAACGGGAAGAAAGAAGACUCCACUUUCGUUGAAGACGAGAACUCUUGGUUUUCGAAGUCAGUUCAAGCACCGGUUCGUAAAUUGAGUCGCUCUUUAUAAUCGCUAGACUCUGAGAAAGGAGAGGCUUUCAUUUUGAAUUAGCGUGACGUGAGUGACGUCACUCACUAGGGAACCUGAGCUCAAAUCGUCUAAAGAGUGAAUCUGAAAGGCAAAUAUGGCGGACUUCUCAGCACAGGCAACUUCUGUGGCGCGGUUUCUUGCCAUAGCACACAUUUUUCUGGGCUUUGUUCUCGUCUGUUUUGGUAUCGCAGACUAUGUUACUCGGUACUUUUUCACAGGCUACAUAUGUUUUGGAAUUUGGAUCGGUUUAUGGGUGAGUUAAGGGUACAAGUAGCGACUUCUAUAUCGUACGUCAUUUAAAUAAGUCGACAUAAUUGAGCAUAAUCUAUAGUGCAGUUGAGCUUGUUACUUCAUCUGUUUGUCGAAAAUGACUCAUAUUUUCACAUUGUGUUCUGCUAUGUUAUAAUGAGAAGAUUUCAGAAAUCGUUGAGCAUAGCGGUUUGUAUUGUCGUCGGAAGCAUUCGGGUGCAGAUAUAGCGAGUCUCUGAAGUAAAAUGGACAGAAAUUAAGUCUUCCCUGUCUGGAUAACUUUUAUUCAAUAUCUGCACGGUAAUCAUUUAACUUUUUUCACUCGAUCGUCUCCAGUCGAAUCUCUGAAGCUCUUUUAAUCAAAUUUAUCUGAAUCAAAUUGAUCGCAAGGUACAUGUAAAUACUCUUUGGACACCAAACCAGCUAGUGCUUUUUGAAUAAUUAGGAGAUACAGGGACUGAUCCAACAGGCCUGUACGAAAUCCCGGAAAUGUUUUCCUUAUAGUUUAACCGGGAAUACUUUUUAUUUCUAAUGAAAAGAAACCCAGCAUUUUAUUGUCUCGACGCCAAUUCGGCCAGCGGCUUUAGACAUAGUAUUAAAUACAUAUUUGGCAGCUGACACAAGUAAACAUGAAAAAAAUUGUGGUGGAUCGUCAUGAAAAAUUUUCGCCGUGUGAUUACCCGAAGAAAGAUUUGUGAUAUGAUUGUUUUGGCUGCGAAAUUGUAUUUUCCAUGCCGGAAGAAAGAUCCAUCUCACGUAUUGAAAUGCAACUAUUGAACCGGGCAUUCCUAAGGAAUAAAUAAGCGCUUCAUACACUUUACACAAUUGCAUUAUAGCCAACGUAAAUGUCUAUAAUUUUUAGGCGGCGAGUGAAAAUAAUCCUUAAGAAAGUGAGAUAACAACAAUUUCGUAUAGGAUCCUUACUUUCGUAACACAUUGCUCCUUUAUUCCAAUGUCUUGUCUGCUUUACACUGGGAGCAAUUUUUCCAAACACCAUUAUCCAAAAAUUACGAGAAGCCGAAUUUUUAAGCUAGGUGAAUUAAAAGGGCUGUUCAGUCAACACGAAAAUGAUAUGAAAUAAUCUGAUCCUUCCCCUCUGCACAUUAAAUUUGAUAAGUUUUUCUUAGACACUUCCAUUGUUUUUCAUAACAUACUCCAGCUUGUUAAUGUUGUUCAUUUCUAGAUGGGUAUCACAGGAAUUUUGGGUGUUGCUGGUACUCGCAAGGAGCAAACUAACUUCCGAGAUAUAUUUGUGAGUUGACCUCUCUUAAUCUUUAUUUAAAUGUUUGUAAUGGCCGCAUUCCAGAUAAACAUCUAUCUGGCACUCUCACUUUAGCAGAUAUUCCAUGUUGCCAUACAGUAAAAUGACCGUAGAUGUAAUAAUAUGGCAACAACACCAGUAACACACGUCUUCUGUGAUCUGUUACUGCACUGACUCACGACAAAACGGAAUCUAUCUGUUAAAGAUGAUUAAAAGAUAAACCUUUGUUAUAGGUGACGUCACAUGUGCUUCUGUCCUCCAUUAGAUCAUAAGUGAGAGCCAACCAAACUUUGCAUCAUACAAAACCAUGAAUUGCAUGAUUCAUAUUGUGGACAUUUUCCCCUUUAUUUUGGCAUUAUUUUCACACACCAUCAGCAAGACUCUUUUAGGUUUUUUCUCCCUUAAUUUUUUUUUUAUGUUUAGGAUCAUAUAGAGGUUUUAUUGUUAGAAUGGACGCGUCCAUGCGAGUCCAAGAUUGACAUCAAUGACGUCUAACAACUUCCCAAUCACAACCGCGUUCUGUUAAAUCUUAAAUCACGAGACGAGAUCGUUUUUCGGUAACAGUAACAUCUCUCAUUAAAUUAUAGGCCAGUGUCUUCAUGGGCUUCUCCAUCACCUCAGCUGUGUUUGGUGGACUGAUCAUUACUUUCUACAGCAUUGCAAUUAACUCAAAUUCUUACAAAGAUUAUUACGACUCCUACUAUUUGGUCGAUUACAUUGCAAUUAACUCAAGUUCUUACAAAGAUUAUUACGACUCCUACUAUUUGGUCUAUGAAGCCGAACUGUCAAUCACUGGCAUCAUUCUGUUCAUCGGGAUUUUAGAGUUUCUGUUGGGAAUCUGGGCAGCUAUCUGUUGUUGCGUCAUGAAGGUGUGUGCGUGUUGCAACAGUCACGCGCAGUCUCAACAGGUAAGCCUUCUCCAGGGCCGGUUAUUUACACGAAGUCUAACCCAAACCGCAGUUUUGUGCAAACAGUGGGCCCUGGGUAUUUUCUACAGGAAUGUUAAAUUGAAUUGAAUUCAUGUCCGUCCUUUCACUAUUGGCUUUUGGCCCUCCCAAUGAAGCAAUUGAUCAGAUAAAAGGUUCGGCUAAAUUGAAGAUGACUUAGAACACGAUUUUGUCAAACAAAGGCUAAACUUUGUUUAAAUAACCGGCGACCAUAGUUUCCAUUCUUCGCAUUUUAAGAGUUUAGGAUGUCAAGACAGCCAUAGCUGGGAAAAAAUCCUUUGAAAAAUAACCUUCGUUUCUCCUAAUUAUUCCGCAAUUCACUUUAUGUAAUUAUAAAAUUAUACAGUUCUUCCUAAAGGUAUAAUACAAAAACGUGGCACAGCGCUCAAUGUAAAUGAUUUGAUGUCAGGUUUCCCGUUUCAGACUGUGCAACAUGUUGCGAUUUCACAAAGUUGUUUUGUGUAUGACGACGAGGAAAUGUAUGAAACGCAUUUGCUACCGUCUCGGCAGAUCCAUCGAGAAAUGAUAAAAAGUAGAGUAGUUAUAUCAUUUUACAUGUACGAUAUACAUUCGACUUCAAAAACGUUGGCACUUAAAAUGCGUUAGCCGAUGAACAAUUAAACUCAACGGCUUUAUGGGCACACAUGUACAUGAUAACCACAAUAGGACAAUACCGAAUUAAUUUUUGUCCCUUUUUCAAAACGAGGCCUGGUGCUCAACUUGAAAACAAGUUUAAUUUGCAUAUGAAUGAGAACUUAUAAUCAUAUGAGAGGAUGAGCCUCACGACUCACUUUGAAAAUGAAAAAAAGGAAAUUCGAAAAUGGCCUCUUAGUUGCACGUGGUAAAUGGAAGAACUUCAGAGUGCUUUCCUAAAAGAAUAUAAUUAUCAAAAAUAAAGAUUUGCCAGGGAUGAUGAAAAGAUGUAAGGCUGAUCAUGCAACUGUGCCAACAUUCGAACAUUUCACCUAAAUCCUAUGGUUCUCAGUGCUCAUGGAUAAUGCUUUGACCAACGUUUAUGCAAUCGAGUGUACACCGAGAUACAACCAAAACUAUUCAAUGCCUCAUUGAUACUCAAGCCAACAAAGAGCGACACACAAAUUUUCCUUUUGAAGAUGAUAGGCACUUAUUCACGACAUUGAAAUACAAAAGAACCAAAGAGAACGACCUGACUUUACCGACGUAUCGAAACCGACCAAUCACUGAGAUCUCAUCUUGAGUUGAGUCAAUUUUGUCUGCUUCUCCUACCAGAAGGUUCCCCUACUGAAUGGGAAGUCUAUGCAAUAAGCUGCCAGGAUAAACAUGCGAUUCCCUGACUCAUUUUCCACGAAAGGCAUUUAAGGUUUCUUUAAUGAUCACUUAGAAGUGAAAUUUUAAAUCUGCGUGGAUAAAAAUCCUCCUCUUUGUCAUUUGUAGACAUAUGAACACAUGAUGCAACCAACCAUGACUUAUGGGCCUGGUGGUCCUAUGACAGUUCCAGUGCAAAACCCUGUUGGUCUAGGUGCAGUGCAAACUGAAUCUCAGAUUCCACAAGGAGGCCAGCCUCAAAUGAUCAUGGUGCCUGUAGCUGGAGCCAUGGGAGGUCAACCACAGGUGAUGCAGGUCCCUGCAUCUGGAGCCAUGCCUACAGCUCAAGUGUCUCAAGGAUUUGAGAUGGCCGAAUCCGCUGGACAUGGAAAGUACAUGACUCUACACAACGACCAGGUAUGGUGGCUAAAUUCAUUGAAUAGAAUUUCACUAACCUCCCACACGAGAGGAUAAAUAGACUGUUAUAGACUGCCACUUCCCAGUCGUCCGAUUUUGUAAAUCACUCGUAUGAUUACCGACCGAAUUGGACUCCACACAGUCCUACUAUCAUUUUAACUUACGUAUUUCGUCAAUUAUUCAUUCUAGGUGUGAGAUGUGUUACAAGUUUGGUUGAGAUCAUCGACAAGGAUAUUGGAAGUGUAAUGAACAUUCAAAGAGGACCCUGGUUGCAUAGUUGCCUUCGUUUUGAUUUAAAGUAGUAACAGUUCUGUUUUGUUUCCUUGUCGAAUUUAUGCCCCUAUUUUCUAGAUACUUUUGUUCAAAGUUUGAAUUACUUACGUAGCUAGCAUUCCUUGUAAACCAGCUUACAAUUAUACGCGUAUAUUAUACCUUUAUAUUGGUACGCUCGUUAUUGAGAGAAUUGGAGUUAGAAGAUCGACGGAGUUAGAUCACAGUUUUUUCUUUUUUAAAUUUAAGAUUUUUCAGGUUAUGUAAAAGUUACAGUUUCUUUAACCUUAACGACAGGAUCAGACGGAAGAUCCAGCUAAUCGUAUUUAGUUUCGUUUUCCUUUCGACUUCGCUUCUUUAGCCUUAAAACAUUUUUUUUUCAUCUUGCACAUUGCAAUUUCCCCUUUUUAGUUUUCACUGGAUGUGUAUGAUAUUCAGACGAUAGCAUUAAACUUUGUUGGAUCAACUUGUGUCUCUUCGAUUCCUUCACUGUGGUUGGAUCUCCAUCAACUCCAGUGCACAACAGCCCGUGUCCACUGCAUUGGGUACGCCACAGGAAGAGAGCAAAAAAUAUUCCUUCAACAUAUCUUUUUAUCUUGUUAAUACUAUAUAUAUGUAUGUGUGUGCAUGUAUAUAUGUAUAUUUGAUUGUUCCGUUUACAGUGAUCGAUACGUAGAAGUAGAGCACGAUAUAUGUUGCGAUAGGGAAAAAAAACAGAGAGACUAUACUCUGAUGAAAGUAAAGUCUGUUUUUUUCCCUAUCGCAACAUAUAUAUAUAUAUAUAUAUAUAAAGAGUAAUUUUGACUUACGUAAGACAGUGCUCAAUACAUAGGAGUAGAGCGAUGUAUAUAUUGUGGAAGGAAAAAGUCAAAUAAACUACCAGUUCAUCCCUACAGACCUGUUUCGUGGUUGCCCACUCAUCAGGGGAUUAUACACGAAACAGGUCUUUAGGGAUGAACUGGUAGUUUAUUUGUCUUUUUCCUCCCACAAAAUAUAUAUAUACAUAUAUAUAUAUAUAUAUAUAUACACACACACACACAUACUUACACACAUACAUGCAUACACAUAUAGAUACAUACGUACAUUACAUACAUAUAUAUAGUAUAAAUAAACUAUAAUAUAUUUCUUAAGUUUUAUUACUUUCAACUAAGAGAAUAUAAACUGAUCAUAAUAUCUUUUUCAUACUGAGAAUUAAUGUGCUAUCCUGUUAUUGCAAGAAUUAUGGAGUCAAACACGUAAACCCACGGGUCUAGUGGGAAAGGGGGGGGGGGUUACCCCCCCUCCACCCUAUUCUUAGAUUCGCCUCUGAGUUGCUUUUUUGUGAAUUUGAAUUAAACGAUAGGCGAAAAAAGAAUCAAAGUUAAUUAACUUUCAAACAGAUCUUAAUGAGUUACUUAAAAUAAACUUUCUCACCAGUUUUGACGAAAAAAAAAUCGAACAAAAAUAAAAAGAAAUUGGCAUUUCUCUUGGAAUAACCGGAGAGGGAAUGACUUUGAUCUUCAAUUGCCUGCCUCACCCAGUGACCUUUAAAGAGACGUGUUGAAGGAUGACGUUUUUACCCCUGGAUAUGUCAAUGAAUUUAGAAAUGGAGAUGAGAUCAGAGGCGGAGGAGUGGGCGCUUGCAUUAAGGAGUCGAUUAAAAAGAAACAGCGCAAAGACACAGGACAUCUCUGGCUAGAAAUGCAAGGCCAAAACAAGCACCGCAACUUACUAUUCGGGAAAAUUUAGAAAUUUUGAACCGAGAGUAAAAAACUAAAGAUUGGCUUGCGCAAAUGGAAAAUCUACCGUUAGAAACUGACCAACUCCUAAUACGGCUUUUCAUUUUAAUGGGGGACGUAGACACAGACUUGCUACGAUUAAAUACCCCCUCACUACACCAGUGCUUGGAUUUGCCAGGUAAACUUAAUAGAUACGUCAUCCACAUUGAUGUAAUACCGUGCGCAGGCAUUGGUGAUCACGACGGCCCGCACGCCCGCCUGAACAUUCGCGCUGAGAGGUUUGUUCAGCGCUGUAAGUUCAUUUGUUGUGAACGCAAUAUUCCACUACAGGAAUAUAUGCGAAAAAUUGAUUCACAUCAUCUAUGCAGUGGAAAAUCCACACAAAAUAUUAAAACUGUUCAAUACACUUGUACCUGAAUGUAGGGAGGGUCGCGCACCCUCGAAACGUAGAAAGUUGAAUCGCCCACCCUCACACAGGUUUAACACAGAUGAAUCUCGUGAAGUGCGCAAUCAACUGAAACAGAAAAUAGAACAAGCGAGAAAAAACAGCAGAGCGCGGGCUGAGAGCUGCUUUCAGCCCGCGCUCUGCCGUCCACGGAGCGCGUAUUUUCGCAUCAGCUAACACCAGGGAGACAUCCUGCACAACUGCAGACGGUGUACUAGCCAUAAAGGAAAAUAAAGAGGAUUUUAAGCCAAUAGAGUUGGCUGCGAAUAACAGUCGUGCUGACUAAGAGGAAAUUAUAGUAAGGGGGGCUGCUAAUGAGGACAUUUUAAAGGAGAAGUAGGGUUCAGAAAAGCAUACUUUUUUUUUCACCAACAAAAAGUUAAUGCAAAGAUUGAAUACUCAACAAAGUUUUAGCCUCCGAAGCGCAUCCUAAUCAUAUGAAAUCCUUGCUCGAAAAUCGAGCAACAACGCCGCCAUCUUGCGUGACGUCAUUGAGCUCAACCUUGCCGGGAAACAAACAGUAAAACCGUGUCGCCUCGAGCCAGAAGAUUUCCCUAGGAGAACAAGGCGUCCAAUGACGAUAGCGAUGCAUCUGAAAGGCCUUGGAAGUCUGAAGUGAUUGACUGCAUUCGUAGUGAACUCAAAACCUUCAAAUUUACUUGAUUAACCCUUUAAGUGACCAAGACAGAAUUUCUCCUUACAAUAUCAAUACAAUAUCAUGCAGAAAAGUGAGGAGAAUAAAGAAAACUAUCAAUUUGGGGAUAAUUGGUUGAUCCAAUAAUUGUAUGCUCAACGGUAAGGAGAAUUUCAAUUUUGGUCUGGGAGUUGAAGGGUUAAGACCAGUUCUGAAGACCCCUGUUAGAUAUCCAGCCUUGCCAGAAUCUGGUAUAUUUCAUAUUUCAUAUUUCAUAUUUCAUAUUUCAAAGCUUUUUCAUGUCAUACCUGACUAUAAUAAAGGUUCGAAUGUCUUCCUACUUUUUUUUUAAUACCACUAUCGGUGUUUGUUUGUUUUUCAAAAAAGCGAGCUUUCAACCUAUGUGUUGUAAACAAACAAUUUAUGGUUCAGUUUUAAGCCUCAAAUACCAUAAAAAAAAGCUCUUGAAUCACAGACCAAGGUACACUGCAUGCUUAAAACUGCCAUUUCAAAUGAACACUCACACAUACUCUUGAAUGAUGUCUGCCAAGGCACUUAAACACUUACUUAGAAUUACUUUAUUAAGAUUUUUAUAACCGCAGAUUUGUAACAAACUCAUUUACAAAAGUUAAAUGGAGACAUUUUUAUUUAUUCCCACAUAUGGUCUGCAUUUAACUCUUUAACUCCCAGAUCAAAUUUGUAAUUCUCCUUACUAUCAACCAUACAAUUCUUAUAAUGUUAGUUCAGAGAAUUUAGUAUUGGAUCAACUAAUAAUCCCCAAAUUGAUAUUUUCCUUUAUUCUCAUCACUUAUCUGGUUGAUAUUGUAUUGAUAUUGUAAGGAGAAAUUCUGUCUUGGUCACUCAUGAGAGUUAUAGGGUUAAAUCAAGAAGGUGAGUGCUAGUUUUACAACAGAAUGUUAACUUACUUAAACCACAACUGUGAAACUAGAUUAAUACAUAGAGGUUUGUAAAAUUACAUAUUGAUUUCAUAAUAAAUAAUACAUGACUCAAUAAAUAUAUUCCGCAACCACAUAACAAACACAUAACUUAGAUGGUCAAUUUAGACAAAAUAUUAUUCACAACACAUUUGUUCCUUGAUGUUUAAGUAAAAUACAUUUUUUCACAUAUUAAGUUAACUGUUUAUAUCACAGAUGGUGAAGACCUACCCAAAGGACAUCCUUAAGGUGGAGAUUUGGGUAAGUGUCACCUCGAAAAUAUUUUCCUGUUCUUCCAUAAUGCUACGAUUCCACAAAACGCAUACAUCUGUAAACAAUUUAUAAUCUAUCCUCUCUUCAAGAAGUAAGAGAAGUGACAUCAUGGCCUCCUUGAAACACAAUUACACUGUGCUGUGAAGUUGUGUCAGGUUAGCUUGCUGUUUUCCUUUACCAUGAUUUAAAUAAAAUACCUUACUGUUUAUACAACAGAUCACAAAGAUCUUCCUACAGGACCACUCUCUGCAGGUAGGGAUUUAGGUAAGUGUCAACUGUAAAGUAAUAUUUUCUUUUAUUCUAUAAUGCUGUGAUUCCACAAAAUGUCAUGCACCUGUAAACAAUGAAUAGUCUUUCCCAUCUGUAGGAAGUUGGAAAGGUAACCAUAGCCUUCUUGAAAUACAACUUUUCUGUUAAAGUCUAAGCAAUACAAAAUGAUGUUUGGUUGGCAAACUGUUUUCCUUUAGCCAUUUCCAAUAGAGUAGAAGUUCAUAAUUUUGUAAUGUUACUAUCACUUGGUUCAGUACUGUCACUUCAAAGAAACCUUUUCUAAUACAAUAAAAGAACUUGAGUAGUAUUUUUAAUAAACUUGUUCAAAUCAAGUAUUUAUUUUUUUUAUGAAAUAGAUGUGGACAAGAAAAAUAACAAAAAGAGAAGGGGAGGAAGAAGAGGAAUGGUAAAGUAAAGUAAACAGUAACCUAACAACAACUGACAUUACGAUAAAUUGGGCUAACAUUUGUUUUAAAUGUCAUUUUCUACAGUGUUCAGAAAAUCUUAAGUUUAUCAAUUGUUCAUGCAAAAAGAAAUUAAAUUUUAGAAACAAUUCGGGGCCCAAGAAAUGUUUUUUAAUCUGCAACAAAUAGAGAUUAUUCUAUGGAAAGUGUGCACAAAUGAGUUGCAUUGCAUCAAAAAAAUUAACUAACACCCACGCGAGGGCAGUGAACUUAAGUGAGGUUUUUGAUCAAUACAACAUGUGGAUAAAAAUUGUUUGAGCACUUUCACAAGAUGAUGUUUUCAUUUCAUACAUACUAAGUUUUUUUCUUUCUGACUAACAAAGAUUGGAAGCUAAUGACUGUCAAAUACAUCAUUCGUUCAAUUAGAGCCAUGAAUGAUAUUACUCAGUCUAUAGUGUAUAUCCUUAUUUGUAUUAAAAUAAGUUCCUCUCUAAACAAUUCUAAAUUGGAGGAUUAAGAUAAUUUCUCAAAGAUUUAAAGGUGAAAAGAAAAAGAAGGUGAUGCUAUAUGAUUAUUAUUGACUUUUGACAAAGAAAUAAAAUUAAAUAAAGAUCAAAUAAAAAAACCCCUUGAAGUUCCAUUGCAAUGGUUUUCGAUACAUACAUAUAUUAAGACUAUUAUAUUUCCAAUUACAACAAAAGCUGCAGUAUACAGGCAUUGUAGGUAAGAUCAAUAUGUGUGAUCAUACAAAUAGGGAUAUUCCGUAAUAGGUUAUUUAUUUAGAUCUUGUGAGUAUAGUUGUCAGUUGGGUAACAUCUCCUUACAAGAGCAUUGUCUUAUCACAAAUUUCAAUUUUUUUUCCUCUCAGAGAAAUAAGAAAUGUUUCAACUGUGGAGGGAGAGUGUGCCUCUCCCUGAGGAAGAGGAGGAGUCAAGAGAAGAGGAAGAGGGGGGGGCAAGGUAGCAGUGGCCAGGGCAGUGGAUGAUGCUCAUCACUUCACCUUACAUUUUUAUUACAAGUACUAAAAUAAAAUCAACCAUCUCUCACUCGUUUUAUGUCACUGCAGCAAAUGAAUUCAGCUAUAACUUCUUACCAAGCUUGAAGGCCAUACUGGAGAACAUUUUCCUGAGAUCAUUACAAAAAAACAAAAACAGAUGGUUAAUAUUCCUCCGUGGAACUCGAUCAAGCAAAGUUAGCAAAUGAUUUAUAAUAUCGCACUUCUACAAAACUUUUUAAUUUCAAACUCGGUGCCUUUCAAAGCAAGAAUACAUGGGUUAUGAUCGUUUUGGUGGAAACGCUCCAUAUGCAAAGGUACCAAGCGAGUAAGAACCAAUUCAGUGCCAGUAUUUACCUCAAGACUAUCUUGACCUAUAGUGAUGCAAUUAGUUACGUUAAUUUUCUUAACUGCUAAAAAGUGGUAUACAUGUAGCCCCUACUAUUUAGGAUUUAACCCAGCACCAAACCCAGUGUCUUUGCAGAAUUGUGGAAGUUUUUGAGCAGAUAAUUGAUAACUAUUCGAAUCAUUUCUCCUAAAUCUUUCAGCUAGAAGAACUAGCUUGGAUACAUUUCGAUAGGAUUGACACUAUCAACCAUCAUACACAUGUUUAGUGAUAAAAUUGCCUACGCACAUUCCACCACCUGGGCUGAUUUAUGCAUUAUUGCCAUAUUGGGUACCCCUCAAAUCUCGGAGUUUCCACAAUAACUUUGUUCUUUAAUGAAUUAUUGGACAGAUAACGAAAAACACGGACCGAUUACUAAAAGACAAUUGCAAAAAUUAACAUACAAAUAAAAGCAAAGACAAAUCACUUAAAUAAGAAUUUUUGUCAACGUCGUUAACAGUACUUAUCAAAACGCGUCAGUAGCAUAGCCGAGAAGCGAGAGAGGCUGACUGUAACUGAGCUACGAAGGGAUAAUUUCCAUACGACUCCUCGUUGACCAAGCUACGAACUACUUUGAACUCACCUCUUCUGAACGAGUUAAAGUCGGUCAUACAGACUUGCAAGAAAAACUCCACACUACAAAAGGCUAGCAUAAGAUCUCCCAUACAAAAUAGGACUUUUACCGCUAAUGGAAGGAGAAAUACUAGGCAUCUGCGUUUCACUCAAAAAUCUGUAGUGAAGAUGAACUUGUGGCGUGACGAUUGCCGAGGCAUUCUGGGAAAACUAAACGCAAGUUCUCAUUGGAGCAAUAAAGAGGUGUGACGGAGGUGUGUCCAUUACCUUGGUUACGAAACUUCGCGGCGAAAUACUUCCAGAGGGAAAAUGGUUACCCGUGUGGAUGAGCAUAAAAUGCGGAUAUAUUGCAACAGCAUCACAUGGAUAAACAUUUUUAUUUCCGAAACAUAAUUUAUGGGCACCACUACUACCGUAAGUUAAUAAAAUAUUCGCAAUUCUUUACCAGGUAUUAACUCAUCUAAACUAGGUUGCAGAAUUUGAAAGCCACUUUUAAAAAUUCUCUUCCUCCGGUUUCUUUAAGUAAAGGAAUAUUGACAUGCGUUGUUUCAGGAAAUAUUGAAGUCACCCUAUGGCAGCCAAGCUGUGAAUGGUGUAUACAUGUAUGCUAAUACGCAAUGCAAGAAUGAAAACCAGGGGCAAGGAGUUGUUAAGAUUAUCGAUGUAUGUGACAGUUGUACACACGAAAUUUUUCCAGUUGCUGGAACAACACAAUUCAAACUUUUUUGAGGUUUAAAAAAAAGCUGUAAAGUAGUAUAUCAAUCAAAUGUUACAUAGUUCAAAGGUCAUGAAUGAGAGUUAACAAAAAGAAGUACACUGGUUCUAAAACCCUUCAUAUUUAGUGAUAGCCAAAAACUUACUUUAAUACUAGGUAGUUUCUAGUGCAUAUGUAAUUAGACAAUAGAGCACUAAAGACUGUCUUUGAGGAAUAGUUAUCAGUGUAAAUACAAAACGUAUAAGACUUAAAAAAUUACAUAAUUUUUUCUUAUUUUUUUUCCCAGCUCAAAUGUAUUUUCAUGGAUAUAUCGAAUGUUUCUAAACUCUGCUGCACUACUUCAACUACAGGUGUAUGUCAUAAGUACUAAUAAAUGAUUAUCGGAAUUUUUUUUUUUUUUUUUUUUUUUUUUUAAAGCAGGCAGCAUUUAAUGCAAGCUCAAACGAAAUUCAGAUGGCAACUUUUCUUACCUAUUUCUUCGUUCACUGUCUCUUCUUCUCAGUAGUUCAUUUUCCUUUUGUUUUUAACUUUGUUUUCGCCAGUAUUCCCGAGCUCUUUGCCUGUUUUUCUCACGCUGUUCUUCGUCAGAUCUUCGCCACUUUACUCGGGACCUUUCCUGCAAUUUCAUUUUCUGUUCUAGAGUUCUUUUCCAUCGCUUUUCUCGAGCCCUCUGUCUCUCCUCUUAAAGCUGUUCUUCGCUAGAAAUGUACCUUUUCACUCUUCACCCAGAGUCUCCUCGGCUUUGAACAGGUGUUGCGCACACGGCAUCGUGCUCAUACGUCUGCUGGACAAGAGUAAAGCUAUGACACUGACGUUCUCGCAGUUCAGUUGACCGCGCAUGCUAAAAGUAUCUCUUUGGACGGUCUGUCGUUCAGUCGUGAGUCCAAAUUUUUUCGCCUUGAUGGGUUACUACUAUUUCGCUUAAUUAUGAUGCUGCGCUGCUCGUGCUGCGGGAUCCGCUUUUACAGAUGUCCACUGUUUGUUGGUGUAAAGUAAAUAAAUUGUAUCUUUACCUUGUUCCGGGCUCAACAGCUGCAGUUUAACGACAAGCCUAGCCUUCGUUCCACAAGGCAAAAGAUGAGUGAAGUGUAGAGGAACUCGAAACAAUCAUUGAUGAUGGAAUAUUUUCAGGACUAUCAGCCUAAUACGUUCCCUCUACGUAUCAUUGGAAAUACCCAGGUCCACCCUGAAACGGUUGACCCAGUCCAUUCAUGGCUAAUUUACCAAGUCAAAACAAACAAUCAUUCAAAUAAACGAAACCCUUUGACUUUUACCCGCAAACAUUUUAACCAAAACUUAAGUAUUACGACUCUGUUUGCCCACAUAUUCCGUAAUUCAUCGAAAGAAGCAAAUUCUAAAGAGAAGAAUUCUCGCCGGAAAUUUUUUGAUUAACCAGUUGGAACGUUCUUGCUUGAAUGCGUUUCUUAACCAUACAGCGUGAGAAAAUUACAGCUGACCACAAAAAAAAGAGAAGCCAUUUUUCGCGCAGAAAAUGUGUAUGCUACGUUAGGAAAUAAUUACUUUUGGCUACGCAUAUAUCGAGGUAUCGAACACUCGGCGCCUCGAUUAACUCUCAAAUUCACGUUUACGUAACUUUCUGCAUAAGCACGCUAAGCAAGAAAAAUUUCUCAAAAGCAUGGUAAUCAGAACUUUGUUUUUAAAGUCGACUUGUUUUACCAUCAGUAAAGAAAGAAAAAGAAACAUCUGCAAUCUGACCUUCUUUUGACAGUUGUAUUAUUGGUGACCCUAUAAAAACCGCACAGAAAACAACAAAGCUACACAGACAAACACACGCAUCUGAUCUGAACAAGAGGAAAGAACAAAACUUAGAAGAAAAAAGACUCCGCUAAACAAAUUUUCGUCUUUCAACUCUUUUUUUUCGAAUUCAGUUCAAGCACUGGUUCAAAAAUUGAAGUGCUCUUUAUAAUUGCCGGACUCUGACAGGCUUCCAUUCUGAUUUAGCGUGACGUGACAGUGGGAACUUGACGUCACUCACUAAGGAACUGGAGCUCUAAUAUUCCGGAAAGUUUAUCUGCUGGGCAAACAUGGCGGACUACUCAGCACUGGCAGCUUCCGUGGGGCGGUUUCUUGCCAUAGAACACCUUUUUCUAGGCUUUAUUCUCGUCUGUUUUGGUAUCGCAGACUAUGUUAUUCCUGAUUUUUUCACAGGCAACCUAUGUUUUGGAAUUUGGACCGGUGUAUGGGUGAGUUGUGGGUACAAGUAGCGACUUGUUUCAUACGUCAUUUAAAUCAGUCGACAUAACUGAACACUGGCUACGUACAGUGUAAUUGACUAGUUACUUCAGAUGUUUGUCUAAAAUGACUCCUAUUUUCUUAUUGUGUUCUGCCACGAUAUAAUUUUCGGAAUUGUGUUAAAAACGGUGGGAUGAUUUCAGAAAUCGUAGAGUAUGUUGGAUUAUGGAGUCAAAUCGAAGACAAAAUUAAUAUCCUUUGCUUGUGUCGUCGAGUCAUACUACGUGGAGCUAUCUUAGUGGCGUGUUAAUGUCGCUUCUUGAGUCACUCCACAUUUCGUGGCGUUGAAACGUAAUUCGUACCGUUGAAACGUAAUUCGUGCCGUAGUAGUCACUGCCGGUGACCAAUGGUAACCACGUUUUUAAUCGUCCUGUUGUGUAUCGUCUCUUUCUGUGAAAAUUUCCUUUAGCACUCUGAGUUCUCCUUCAACUAACGUUAACUCUUUUUUGGAGAACGUCAUUUCUAAUUUUAUUCAAAUGUUGGAAAGUGCACCGGUUUCGGUAAUGACCGCAACGAAAUUAAUCAUGCUUUGUACUAGGUGGAUCAAUUUCUGACGUUUUGCAUUCAAUGUCAAAUCGUUUUAAAAGGCAGUGUGUUUGAUGAUGCUCUCGACCUCUUGAUGGAGUCAUGCAGUUAUCUGUGUUUGAAAAGUAGAAAUAAGCAAAGUGCUGAAUGUUCUCGAACCUUGCUAGUAAUACAUUCUGGUGAAGUAAGGCGACCAGCCUUUAAUGUACCACGAGAGAAUAUUAAUUUGUACUUCAGUUGAGGAUUCUUACUUGAAAAAAUGGCAGAAAUGUUUUGCACAGGCAGGAAAACAAAUAGUGAAUGAAUUCGACUGUUUCACAUGCGCUGGGGGUACCAAAAUUAUAGUGAUAUUUCUGACGACUGUUUGGACGACUUUGUGAAGAGAACCUUGCAAAAUUUUCCAAACUGUGGCAUUCGCAGGGUAAUAGCUUUCUUACUAGGAAUUCAUUUCACCUGAGAACGUGUUUUACCAUCUAUUCCGUUUCUUAAAGAUAAAGGAUACGUUGAGUCAAGUAAUGAAUUGCACUUAUUUUGACUGCAUCAUGUAUUUCCAGGAUGACUUUGAUAACCAUUCUCUCAGAUUUAAAUCGAACAUGACACCUACUCAAUUAUGCAUGUAUGGUGUAAUUCAGUAUCAUUUUGACCAGAUGUACCCGAAGGAGAAACAUUAUCCAAUGGAAUUGAUUAUCAUGGCCCUCCACCUUGCGAAUUACAUCUGCUCAAUGAUACAUGUAUGGUGAAAUUCAGUAUCAUUUUGACCCAGAUGUACCCGAAGGAGAAACAUUAUCCAAUGGAAUUGAUUAUCAUGGUCCUCCACCUUGCGAAUUAGAAAAUGCUGGGGAGGAAAGAGGGGACGAUUGAAGUUCCAGAAUGACCCCUGUCCAUAGAGUCUUUCAAUCUUUUUCCAUCUCAAGUUAUCUCACUUGAUCAAUCUGAUUGUCAUGAAAUAGACCUUUACGUCAAAGCUGUAGAGAUUAUCCAUGGUGUGGUUUUACAAAAUUAAGGACAAGAAUGGAAUUCUGCUCACUGACAGGAGGGUCAGCCCUUUUUCAACAACCAGCGCCUAUGAAAACCAAGAGCUCGAAAAAUAAUAAUUACCAAACAAGGAAAUAAAACAAAUCUGGGAGAUAAAAUAAUUGAAACAAUAAAUUAAACUAUGCGUAUACAAUAAUCAGGAUUAAAAGUGGAAUGAGUAUGAAUAAAAAAAAAUAAACUGCAAGAGAACAAAUAAACAGUAACAAUGUUAUUAGUUUCAUUAAUAGUUCGCUCUUCAAGCCAUUCUUGGAAGGGUCCAAGAUCUAUGUGGACUCUGAAACUGUUUAAUUUCAACCAUCAGGCCGAUGAACAGUUAUUUCCAGCUUACAUGAAGAGAUUUAUGUUUGAAUAUCAAUUUCAUAACUUGAGUAAUACUUAAUAUUUCAUAAUAUAUUAUAAAUAUAAUAUAAUAUAUUAUAAUAUUAUAAACUAAUAUUUAUUAUUAAUUUAUAUAAUAUAUAAUAUUAUAUUAUAUUAUUAUUAUAUAAUUAAUUAAUUAAUUAAUAAUAAUUAAUAAUUUAUAAUAUUUCAUAACUUGAGUAAUACUUUAAUACUUUAAUUUGUUUCGAAUGCUUCCAUCAGUUGUAUCUGAUAAAAGGAAGCCUAGACUGUACCAAAACCAAAACACUUCCUUAGCAUUGAGAUACCAGCCACGACUAUUGAUUACAGGCAGUUGAUAUAAAGUGCAAAUGCUAGUGUAAGUAACAAGUUGAAGCAAGUGGCCGACAUUUGCAAUUUUCUGGACAUCCAUAAACAAAAGAGACCUUGACGGAUGGGAGCUAAACGUUUUUCCUCAUCAAAUUUCCUUUCUUACUCAUUCCGAAUUUUUUUAGCCAGGCAAAUUAAGGGACUGUUCAGUCGACACGGAAAUAAUAUCAAAAAGCUUUAUCCUUCCCCACUGCACAUUAAAUUUGAUAAGCUUUUCUUAAAUACUUCCAUUUUCCCUCAUCGCCUACUCCGGCUUGCUAAUGCUGUUUGUUUGUCUCUAGAUGGGUAUCACGGGAAUUUUGGGUGUUGCUGGUACUCGCAGGGAACGAACUAACUCCCGAGAUAUAUUUGUGAGUUGACAAAUCUUUUAAUCUUCACUAAAUUGUCUGUAACGGCCGCUUUAAAGAUAAACAUCCCUCUCGCAUUCUCACUUUAGCAAAUAUUCCAUGCUGCCACGCAAUGAAAUAACCGAAGACGUAACAAUAUGGCAACAAAAUCGGUAACACACGUCUUCUGUGAUAUGUCACUGCACAGACUCGCGGGAACAUGGAAUCUAUCUGUUACUGAUGAUUAAAAGAUAAACCUUUGUUAUAGUUGACGUCACUUGCGCUUCUGUCCUCCAUUAGAUCAUAAGUGAGAGCUAGCCGAGCUUUGCAUCAUACAAAACCAUGAAUUAUAUGAUUCAUAUUGUGGAUAUUUCCCCCCUAUAUUUGGGUAUUAUUUUCACCCACCAUCACCUAAACUCUUUUAGGUUUUUUUCCCCGUGAUUUUUCUUUGACCCCUAAGAUCAUAUAAAAGUCCUUUUGUUGGUAUGGACACGUCCAUUCGAGUCCAAGUUCAGUUGGCGAGAUUGACGUCAAUCGAGUUUGUGCUUAGAACAUCUAACAACUUCCCAACCUUAAUUGCAAUCGUGUUCUGUUAAAUCUUAAAUCAUGAGACGAGACCGUUUUUCGGUAACACUAACAUCUCUCAUUCAAUUAUAGGCCAGUGUCUUCAUGGGCUUCUCCAUCACCUCAUCUGUGCUUAGUGGAAUAAUCAUUAUUUUCUACAGCAUUGCAAUUCACUCAAAUUCUUACUACAGUUAUUACAACUCCUACUAUUCGAUAGAAGAGGCUAAAUAUUCAAUCACUGGCAUCAUUCUGUUCAUUGGGAUUUUAGAGUUUCUCAUGGGAAUCUUGGCGGCUAUCUGUUGUUGCGCAAUGAAGGUGUGCGCGUGUUGCUACAGUCACGCACAAUCUCGACAGGUGAGCCUAAUCAAAGGCCGGCUAUUUGCAAGCAGUGGGCCUCUAUAGGAGGGUUAAUUUAAUUGAAUUCGUGUCCUUUCAAUAUUGGCUUUCGACCCUCUUGACAUUGUUCACAAAAAAAAGAUGUUUAGAUAAAAGGCUCGGCUAAAUUGAAGAUCACUUGAUAACAACAAUAGGCCAAUUCCGAAUUACCUUUUGCCUCUUUUUCAAAACGAGGCUUGGUACUCAACCAUAAGUAUGAAAAUAAGUUUAAUUUGCAUGUGUAUGAAAACUUACAAUUAUAUGAAAGGAUGAGCGCCAAACCUUGCUCUCUAGAAGUGUAAUUUUAAAUCUGCGUAGAUGGGAAUCCUCUUCUUUCUUAUUUGUAGACGUAUGGACAAAUGAUGCAACCAACCAUGACUUAUGGGCCUGGUGGUCCUGUGGCAGUUCCAAUGCAAAACCCUGUUGGUCUAGCAAACUGAGGCAAAGAAACCACAGCGAGGCCAGCCUAAAAUGAUCAUGGUGCCUGCAUCUGGAGCAAUGGGAGGUCAUUCACAGGUGAUGCAGUUCCCUACAUCUAGAGCCACGCCUACAGCUCCAGUGUCUCAGGGAUUUAAUUUUGAUUUAGAAAAUAUAGAUAUCUUUUUUUUAUUCUAUAUAUAUAUUGUUAAAUGAUAAAAUUACAAUUAUAGUUAAUCUACAAUAUCGUAAGGGUUUUCUGUAUUGGUGUUAGAAAGAAAAGGAAUGGAAAUAUUAUAUUAUAUAUAGUCAUUUAAUGUAAAUUAUAAAAAGGGCAGGUUGAUUACUUCGUACUCCUUCUUGGUGGUCUUGUCUUAAAGGUCGAGUUUGAUCACGUUCUUCUUGUGAGUUUGGCCACGUUCACCUAGUGAGUGAAAUCACGUUUUCUUCGUUGUGAUCGUGAGGUUGACAUGGAACUCGUGAUAAACCAUGUUCUUAAAUAAGUUAAUUUGUUAGUCCAGGAAGAGUAAAUCUCCCUGGUAAUAGGUCGCGUUCGACACCUUCGUGUUCCCAGAGUUAAUUUAAGGGUAAACAGGUAAUACCCCUCAUGUUUCGCAACAAGAAGCAAUUUGGGGGCGGUACUUGUGAGCGCCUUUCUUCUUUAACUCUUGUGACCAAGAUGUUGUUAUGUAACAAUCUUUAAAGGUGAUUUUCUCUUAAGAUACACUUUUAGGUAUAAAUAAUACUCUACACCAAGGUUAUUUGUAAUUUUUGUAUUGUCGAUCUCGUUUCUGUUCUGGCCAAUCUCAACCGUAAAGAUAUGAAAAUUAAGGAAGAAAUUGAUUUUGUAACGUAGACCACCCUAAGGUGCUUACUCAGUAUGUGGGAACUAUAAUACGUAGUCAAGCGUGAUUCGCUAGUUGAGACGGUACGAUGACGACACAAGAAGAUUGACGGCUUCGAAAUGUCAUCGGCAGUGUCAUCUUUAUAAGCGGAGACUCUAGUUUUCCCUAUUUUAUCGAAGCUAGUCCUUAUUGUAACAACUUGAUAAGAAAAGUAAAUAAAGAAGGAUCAACCAAACCACAAACGAGUGUUAGAGAAAUUAAUUCUAACAAUAUGUAUAUAGUAUAAAUAAGCUAUAAAAUAUUUCAAGAUUAAAGAAAGUAUAUUUCUAAAAUUUUAUUACUUCAAACUAGGAGAAUAUAAACUGAGGAUAGUCUCUUUUUCAUAUAUACUGUGAAUUAAUGUGCAAUCCUGUUGUUGCAAGAAUUUUAAAGUCAAACACGCAUAGUUAGAUAAACCCACGGGUCUAGUGAGAAAGGGUAAAUUACGUCCCCUCCCCCCCCCCUUCCAAAGUUAAUCAAAGUUAAAUAACUUUCAAAGAGAGUUUAAUGAGUUAUUUACAAUAAAGCCUCUCUCUCCAGUUUCGACGACAAAAUUAAACAAAAAAAAAAGGAAAAAAUUUGGUAUUCCUUAUAGAGAACCGGUAAGGGUACGACUUUGAUCUUUUAUGGUCUGCUUCUUACCGUCCGAACCUACGGUCAUGAUCUAGUGACCUUUUAUGAAACGUGGCUGAAGGAUGACGUUUAUAUCCCUGGAUAUGUUAAUGAAUUUAUAAAAGUGGAGAUGAGAUCAGAGGCGGAGGAGUAGGCGCGUGCAUUAAGGAGUCGAUUAAAAAGAAACUGCGCAAAGACAUCUAGAUGUCCUGACAUAGGACAUCUCUGACUAGAAAUACAAGGCCGGAACAAGCACAUCAACUAACUUAUUUGGAAAAUUUACAAAUCUUGAAUCGAGAGUAAAAUGCUCAAGACUGGCUUGCACAAAUUGAAAUUCUAUUUUCAGAACUUACCGACUCUUACAAGUACACCAGUGCUUGGAUUUGCUAGGUACGCUUUAUCCGACCCAGAAUUUACAAAAAACCGGCGAGAGUAACGCCGACCAGACAUUCACAAACUCUCACUGAGAAAAUAGUCUCAAAUAAUCCGAAACGCGUUACCCACAUUUAUGUACUACCGUGCGCAAACAUUGGUGAUUACGACGGUCCGUGCGCCUGCUUGAAUAUUUACACUGAAAGGUUUGUUCAGCAGGGUAAGUUCAUUCGCUCGUUGAGAACGCAACCUUUAACAACAGGAAUGUAUGCGAGACAUCGGUCACAUCAUCUAUGCAGUAGAAAAUCCAGACAAAACAUUGAAACUGCUAAAGAAACUUGUACCUGAAUGUAUGGAGGGCUUCGCAUCCUCGAAACGUAGAGAGUGACUCGUCCUCCCUCACACAGGUUUAACACAGAUGAUAUGUGCGGUCUCCUGAUCAAGAAAAACACGUUCAGGUAAUAUAUAAAUCCGGCCAAGCUUAAAAGUGGAGCUCUUGUUAGUUUAUUUUCCAGCCCUUCGUUAUACUGAAUAAAAACUGUAAUGAAACACUUUAGCACUGGCUGUAGAAGAUUUUCUUCAAGGGGAUUUCGGGUCCAGGGGGGGCUGGGGGGGGGGGGGACGGGGGAAUUGAAGAGGUCUGGAACCAGGACACGACGUUCUCACAACUUGUAAAGCGAUCAACCCGCAUGCUAGUCAACGGUAUCUUCUAUCUUUUCGAAGAUAGGGAAUGUUUUCUUCGUCAGAUGAAGUGUGUGAUGUCAGUAUCAAUUGAAAUCAUAUUCUAUUGAGCGUGACUUAUAAUUUCUGUUUGGGAAAAUGACACAGGUUGAACACAGAUGGUAUAUGCGAUCUCCAGAUCAAGAAAAACACGCUCAUAAGAACAAUCACAUAAAACUACUUAGAUCAAGGCCAUUCAAGAACAUAGAAUUAUUUUCAAAUAAACAGAUAAAGUGAAAGUCAAGACGCAAUGAAAAUGGUCAGAUUUUCCUAGCUUUUGCAGUUAGAAACUAAAGCUUAGACCCAUGACUUAAGUGAAACGAAGUGCAAUGUUUACACUCAAUGCCAUGAUCAGAGCAGUGACGCAGUUUCAUGUGCAACAAAAACAAUGAUGGAAAUGAUGACCUAAAUAUGUAGAAGGAGUAAACAGUGACUGAACAUUAACUCCAUGGUCAUAAUCUUCCGCAAAAAAAGUCUCCUGCUCAGUGUCCAUAUCCUGUUUUAAUUAAUCACACACGACGAAAGUGAAAACCGUACAAGCUUGAAUAAAUUAAAACGGUAAAUAGGUAAUUAAAUCCCCUUAACAGAAAUGACAAAAAAAAAAUGCACAGCGUGUUCAUAAAUACUGGGUUUAUAGUGCUAAGCUUAAAAUAAGAGCCGGGGCGAGGGACAGCGAAAAACAAGAACUGCUGGUGAGUUAAGAAAGAAACUAAAUUCUGAGCGACUUACGCAGCAAUAUCAUAACUCGAACACCUCGAAUCUCCAAGGUAAGUUGAUAUUUUUUUCAUCAUUUCACUUUUCGGUUCAUUACUUCGAAGAAGUAGAUUCUUUUUUGCCGUGAUUAGGCGAAGAACUCGCCGUUGACUGAAAGCCGAAAGAGCAGAUUUUAUCAUUCUUACCAAAUCUGUCAUGUAGCGUAUGUGAUUUAUAAUUAAACACAUUGGAACCACAUGGGAAGCCAUGAUUGAAUAUAGAUAAGUUAUUGAAAGGUUUCACAUAUUGGCAUCAAACGAGGUAUUUCUACUCAGGAAAUUAUAUCGCAGUUCAAUGCACAUGUUGGCCUUGUUAAUUUUUUUCAUAUCCCUCAUUUUCUCUCCGUAUUUAAUUUUCGUGACCGUCUCGAUCUUCUCAAAAACUUGGCGUGAUAAAUCAUUGCGUGACUAGAAUGUCUACAUUACAAUUGACAAGAGGUGAUCACGAAGGAGAUAAUUACAGUCCUGUUGUAAAGGGAUUUUCUUCCUUAUCAAUAUGUAUACGAUGCCCGUUUCAUUCUGGCUGCAAAAUGUCUGUAAUGGAAUCAAUUUAAUCGUUUUAGCAAGAUCCGUUUCUGAUCGAUUCAUUAAAAAUAAAACAAAUAUCUCGUGACAUACUGUCAAACGCUUAUUCUUAGUUGAUGACGUCGUCAAAAAGCACUCAUCAAAACGUCGUCUGCGUAUCAAAAUGGCGGACCAAACGGCGAAGGUUGCUGUUAUGGGAAGGUAUCUCGCCAUCACCCACAUUAUUGUCGGCGUUCUACUCUUCUGCUUUGGCAUCGCAGACUACGUAACUCAGAAUUUUUGGACAGGUUACGUGUGUUUUGGGAUUUGGAUCGGUAUUUGGGUAAGUUUCUUCGCGACGCUUCAGUCGCCUCGUUUUUACAUCACAGGCUUUAUUUAUUACAUAUAGCCGGUAUUAUAUUCGUACAGGAUGGUAUUAUAUUCGUGCAGAAUGAUAAAAGAUGCUGCCACCUUAUUUUCAUGUGAUACUGAAAUAUCGUUUCAACCGCUUCGGAAAAGAAAUUUGAGCGACCGACGUUAUAUUAUUGAGUUUAAAACUCACUUGUACGGGCUGUCAAUAUUUUGAAGUAUUUGUCAUCUGGAACAAGAAACUAAAAUCUGCAGCUGCGAAACUCUUCACCUUGGAAGAAAGUAAAUAUCGCAUUAUCUAAAGCUUACAUUGUGAAUUUGAGAUAAUUCGUAUGACUCUAUCGUGAAGUUUGUCAGAAAUACAAGCCUGGUCGAAAUGCAAUUUCGUUACGAAUGAGUGGAGCUACUACAUGCAAAUUUGCCACAUUUAUAUGCAAAUUUCCAAAAUUUGUCCGCUCUUCUCUGAGGUAUUCGUGAUUUUUCCUUCUAAUUUUUUUUCCGCUUUUUUUUUUCCAUAGCCAUGGCAGUUUGUGCUUUUAUUGAAUAUCAAAUUAUUGUUGAUUCCUUCCGUGCAUAAAAAAAAAAAAAUCUCGAUUAUGAUGAUAAUAAUGUUAUUUUGUUAUUCAAAAUAUUUCCAUUAUUUCCAUCAAGACAGGUUAAGACAGUGCUUGGGCAUCUGUUCAAAGCUCAUUAUUGAGUCGAUGGUUUCUUCAUUUAAGUAAAGUUUGGGUUGCCUGACAACAAUAGAAAUUUGCUUUAAUUUUGUAAUUGCCUCAAAAUGAGAUAGGGUGCAACAAUUUUACCACUAUUCGGAUAUUUUAGUGGUACGUUUUCUUUAGCGGCAAGCUGUAAUUGUCGGCGACAUCUGCUUUCUUGAAGCAUUAAAUGAGUGACUUGUUUGCGAGACUGCGUGAUGAGUGGCAUGUGGACAGGAAAAUGACUGCAGUGGAAACCUUGAUUUUCUGGACCUUGAUUAUCCAGACUUUUUCUCUUGUCCCAAUUUUUUCAUGAAUAUCAAUUAGUUAUGAUCACAAUCUAUAGCCAUAUUCUUUUAAAAACUACAGCGUUGAAAAGAGAAGAAAAGGCGAGUUUGUUUUGCUUUCAAAAAGCAAAAGCAGCGCUCGUAUGCGUUGUAACUAAUGCAGAACAUUAGAAUGAGGUCUGAUUGGCUUAGAUUUUCUUUGUUUCUAAGUGAGAUUUCACACUCUAUUCCGGCUCGAUCAGCAUCAAUCUUGAGCCCAGGGUCAUUUUGGCUCCUUGUCAGCAGUAUGGUCGCCAAAUAAUGACCUCUGGGAGAAUUGAUUAGUUAAAUUUUUUUGAUUUGUUGAUAGGAAAACAAUAGACUCCACACAGGAACUGUGAUUUACAGAAGGGCCAGAAGUAGAGCAUUAACAACCAUAAAUUUGAAUUGUUUUUACUGUUGUUACUAUUGCUGCUUAAUUUUUUGUGUGUGUGAAAGUUUUCACUUGUAAACUGCCAUUUGAUGUGUGAGGAAACAUCCAGCUAAAGCCACUGCGUGCUGCAAUGGUGGGAAGCUGUUCCUCUUCUUCAUUGUUGUCAAAGAUGUAGAAAUAAUCAUGAUAUUAAUUUUUUUAAGUGAAAAGCAGAAAAGAAGGAAUUGUUGAGGUCUUGCAAGUGUACAGAAAUGUACUAAGUGUAAAAGAGUUUGACAUGUGAAAUGAACUUGUGAAACAUGAAAUCCUCUUUUUCCAUCUCCUACACUUUCACACUAAUUUAACCAAGCAAUCAACAGGGAUUGAAAUACUUGAGAAGGGUGGCCAAAGAAAUCCAGAAGUCCUUUAGUAUUAAGGUGUUACAUGAUGCUGCAUAUACAAUUACAGCUGGUUUGCAUUUGAUAAGCAUUUUUUUUCUCAGUUACAAUAUACAUGUUUGUCAUUAAAAAUUCCAUGUCAAUAUAUUUUUAUCCCGGCAAUUUACUAUGAUCAGAAACAUUCAACAGAGUUUAAUUCAUACAAAAUGAAAAUAUUUAUCAAAAUAUGGAGAGUUCUGUUUAUAUUUAGUUGACAGAUCAUGCAAAUACUGUCAAAGCAUGUGCCAAAUAUCAAUUUCUAGACAAGAUUGAUGAACAGUGCAGAAGCCUAUUUGUACAGAAAACUGGAACUGCUGGUUUUUAUGUCUUUCAUGUAACAAGAAAUAGGACUUAAUCCUCCCUUGAAGAUUUCAGCUGCAGUAGCUUAUUAAAGAAAUGAUAGGUUGAGCUCCUGACUUGCUUGAUUUCAUGGCCACUGUGAGUGUUCUGUUGUACAGGAAGAUGGAAGUCAAGCACUUCCAGUGUGUGUGAUUAAUAGUUAUCCGAUGAAUACCCAAUGCUGGGAGCAGAAACUUGUCCAAAAACUGGGCCCCUCGGUUUUCCUUUUUUUUUUCUUUCCCAGACUUGCUUCUUUAUUUGAGAAAAUUCGCGAAAACUGAAACGAGCGUCGGUAGCCGUAAAAUGGCGGAAAUCAGUGCCCUGAGUAGGGGCAAAUAAACUUUGCACAUGAAAAGUGCAAAAGAAGGCAAGGUCGAACCAAAUUUGGUAAAUUUGUAUCGGAAGGAUUGAGGGAUGGUUUAAGUCUACAACGGGACCAUUUCAUGUAAAUUGGAGCUCACGGAACGCUUUUGAAAAUCAACAUUUCAAAAUAGAAAUAUCGCAUUUCGCAGCAACUUUUCAAUUAACAUUUUCUCUAUGCGGUAUAACUCAGAAUUGGUUCAGGUUAAGCUUAUGAUAAGUGGAUAAUGUCUCCGAGGAUACAAAAAUUAGUUUAGGGCUGUUCAUUUCCGCACGGACAAACCAGGCUGAAACUUUGUGAAAAUCGCAAUAUCGUCAUUUACGUCACGACAUUAUUUAAAUAGGCACCGAAUGUCAAAUAGAAUUCCAAGAAAAUUUUAGCAGUAAGCACCGUGUUCGACCAGGAAAUCGAUACCGUGAGCUAACCUUGCAUCGCCUAGGACGGCAGAUAGGUUUUUGUCCCUGCUUCCGUUUCAGAUCCUCGUCAUUUCCCAUGGCGAAACUGUUUACAACAACACAUUCCAUAGGUUACCGGCAGGCGUCCGUUUUUCUUCGCAUAUUCGAACACAUUUAAGUGUUAAGAAAAUUCUGGGAUAAAAUCGAGCUUUAUUGUGGACUUGGAAGAAGACAAUUCUAUUAUUUAUACCCGGGUAGGUCACCGUUUUUGCCGAAGAACUUGUUACUACUAAAGAUCGAAUUUAACUACCAACAAACUUCAUCCCAAUCAAGGCAUUGCAAAACAUCGAUUUACUUUUUAAAUAGAGACACGUCGUGGACUGGCUUCACAUAUCAACCCGUUCUAACUUUGAUGUCUGAUGUUGGAGUGUAAGUAAAAAGAAUAAACACCCUGUGGAAUUCACUUUUAUCGUCCUUUCCUCGCCAUUGUCGCAAGCCUUGUCCUCGAGUGAGCGUAGAAACAAAGAAUCAGUGAACAGUGAUUUUGUGGGACGCGGGCUCCGCCAAAUAUCAUUGAUUAUUGACUUAUUAAUGGAUUUCAGAGAGCCGUUUUCUCGUAGUCUAGUCAACGAAGGUAGUUAACUUUAAUUUAUUGAAAAAGAAAAACGACAAAGUCUUAGAAGAACGCGAGAUACGGCUGAAUUGAAAGAAUGUUUCAAGGUUACCCCUACCGACGAGCGGAAGGUGUUAAAGGGGAAUUCUGUCACAUUUCGCAAAACGUUAAGAAAUAAGAUUAUCUAUUAGACAGCCAAAAGGAGAAUGGUCGCGGCUUAACCGCAUUGACGCGCACUUAAAUGAGUUUCGAAACUGUGAAUUUCUUUGGAAGCCGAAAACUCGAGGGUUGUUUUUACGCGAGUUACCUGUACUUAAACGAACUAAUAGGGUAUGUAGAUUUGUUGCGGUAACGUGGAGGCUUAGAAUUCAGUUAAGCAAACACCGUCAGUUUUGUGUUUAGAGGCUCGCGCGCGCCUAUGAAAACAAAAACUGUGAAAAAUUAUGUUAUUUUCAUAAUCUACAUCUUAUAAGCUUUACAGUAUUGUAUACUUUUCUAUGGUUUCUUUAAAAGUGGCACGAGUAGGAUGGUUUUUCUGGAAGGCACACUUUCAUGACAGUUAUCUUUGUGGUGCAAUUCAAAGACUAUGUUUUUUUCCUUUCAGAUGUGCAUCACUGGUGGUCUGGGUAUCCCUGGUACCCAAAGAGAUCCAAGUUCUUCUCGCAAUGUUUUUGUAAGUUGAUUUUUUCAUGCGUCAACAACACAAAUCGUAGUAGCCCUAGGAAGGGUGCAGAAAGGUUUGCAAUGGUCUGUUGACACACUAUUCUUGUUAAUCGUAAUAAAGUUCAAAUUCAUCGGAAAAUCUUUUAAAGACAUAUUUCGGCAUAACCCACGCCAUCUUAAGUUCAUUUUUUUGUUGUUUUCGUUGACUUUAUUUAUAAACGUUACAUAUAUAAUACGCUAUCAGUUUAAAUCCAAUCACAACAUUUGAAAUUAGUGCCGUUACAAUUGUUGAAGCGGACACUCACGCGUGCAAAUGUAACAAGAUAUUUACAAUAUUAUGUUGCAUUUGUGUAUUCAGCUCGGGUUGCACGCUGUCAGUGUGAAAUAUAUCCCGAAAAUAUAGGCAAUGAUAAUCUGAAUAACUAUUCUUCUUGUUGCUGUUUUUGUUGUCGCUGUUGCUGUUGUUGUUGUUUUUUUUGUGUUGUUCUCCUUCCUCUUCAUCUCCUUCUUGUUUGUUGUUGUUGUUGGAGUUAUUGUUCUUCAUAAUAACGUUUUUAUUUUCUACCAAAAUUUCAGGCAUCUAUCUUCAUGGGUUUUUCAAUUACCUCAGCUGUUCUGGGUGGAAUCAUCAUCAUCUGCUAUAGCAUUGCCAUUGCUAUAUAUAGCGACUACUUCUACUACCCACGAUACAGUCAUAACACUGAUAUGGCACUCGCUGUAAUAACUUUGAUUCUUGGUAUUGUGGAAUUUGCCAUUGGAAUCUGGGCCGCCGUAUGCUGCUGUAUAAUGCAAAUUUGUUGCUGUGGAGCCCCACCGCAACAAGUGAGAAUCUUAAGUUUGGUCAAACAUAUAUUAGCUAUGCAAAACUUUGAAAGGGCAUAUCAUUCAAUUUUCAACGAGUACAUCUUUCGCGGUACAUACACGAGUCUUUGAAAUUUACAUCAUAGCAUGUUACAGUCAUGCAGUGCUCACCAGAAUGAGUGUGACAACAGCCAAAAGAAAUUUGAGUGGUUUUUGAGUGGAUGUUUUCGUUUUUUUUGAUUCUCUUCACACUCAUUAGUUUUAAUUCAUAGCACCGAGUACAUUAAAUUAAGUCGUUUGGUGGAACGCUUGAAGGAUACUAAUUAUGUCCCUGCGCACUGUGGAAAGGUUCGGUUCAAUAGGAUCUUAUAGACAUCGGCUUUCUGAUUGGUCAUAUUUUCGGUGACAUGAUGUAAAUAAGUUUGCAUACCCAUACACAGCGCUAGCAUCUGAGUAUAUAUACACAUUUGCCCUCACUGAAAAUGAGAAAUUUUGAAUAACAGUGGUCCUCUUAGAAGUUGGAAAAGUUGCUUGGUUCCUCCAAUGAUUAAUGUAUAUCCUCAUUCCCUUCUUUCCCACGCUCAUUAACAUCUGAUUGGCUACCCAAACCUGAGUAUCCUUUGCUUUUUAACUCCGAUCAUUUAAGCCUGAAAAUGUUGUGAUCGCUGCGGUAAUAAAUGAGUUAGAAUCAUAUCCUUUUCCUAUAUUAUCUUCCUGUUUUAGUAUAUACUAAAUCAACUAUUUACCUCAGUGUCGGUGAGUUAUUGUUACUGGACAAAUUACCCAUUACAAAUGUAGAUGUCUAACUAAACGCAUUCGUUAGUGGUUGGUAUAGCUUUUAAAAUCAACGUAGCCAAUCCCCCCUCUCUCUUCCCUCAAGGGUCAAGUUAUGUACACAGCCAACACUGGAUAUGCUGUCGCCCAGGUGUCUGGAGGUCAUGUGGCCGUUCCAAUGCAAACAGCGGGUGGUAUGGUCGCGGUUCAAACGGUUUCACAAGGAGGCCAACCUCAGAUGGUCAUGAUGCCAGCCUCUGGGGUCGUGGGAGGUCAGCCUCAGUUUGUCCAAGUCCCUGCGUCUGGAGCCACAGUGGGACCUCAGCCUCACUUUGUUCAAGUUGCUUCACCCGGAGCUGCAGCACCCGGUUACCAACCGCAGCAAGUGGAUGUUCCUCCGUCCUAUGGGCAGGGACAGUACAUGCCGCUUCAAGAUGAA